AUGGGUGAAGAGGAAUACGAAACCCUGCCCACUCACAAUGUUGGGGUUCACCUAGUCGCAGGUGCGAUGGCUGGCGCUGUUGAGCACUGCGUGAUGUUUCCAUUUGACAGCGUCAAGACACGAUUACAAAGUUUGUGUCCUUGCCCAGAAACUAAGUGCCCAACCCCUGUUCAUUCAUUAUGGAAUAUUAUGAGGAGGGAAGGUUGGUUGCGGCCAUUGAGAGGUGUCAAUGCGAUCGCAGCUGGGUCAAUGCCUGCACAUGCUCUUUAUUUUACAGUAUACGAGAAAACAAAGGGUUUUCUUACCGGAAACACAGCUGGUCACGCGAAUACGUUGUCAUAUGGUGCUGCUGGAGUAGUAGCAACGCUAGUCCAUGAUGCAGUGAUGAAUCCUGCUGAGGUCGUUAAACAACGAAUGCAGAUGCAGUUUUCUCCCUAUGGGUCGUCCCUCGAGUGUGUGCGUUGUAUUUAUCGGAGGGAAGGCAUGGCAGCCUUCUACAGAUCAUAUACGACACAGUUGAUUAUGGCUAUACCAUUCCAGUCUGUUCACUUUAUGAGCUAUGAGUUUUGGCAGCAGGUCCUGAAUCCAAAACAUCAAUAUGAUCCGAAAUCCCAUCUGAUUGCUGGUGGUCUGGCUGGUGGAUUAGCAGCCAUGUUAACGACACCUUUGGACUGUGUAAAAACAGUACUGAAUACUCAGCAAACACCAGAACUCACUUGUCAAAAGGAAAUUCUUCUUAAGUUAUCUCAAGUGGAAAGUAUACCAAAAAACAGUAUUCUUGUUCAGCAAAGCAUCCAUUCUCCAAUUACUGCUAGCUACCGAAAUAUUUUCGAUGCCUUCAAAAUUAUUUACUCACAACGAGGUUCUGCUGGUUUCGCUUGCGGCAUGCAAGCACGAGUCAUCUUCCAGGUGCCAGCAACGGCGUUGUCAUGGUCCGUUUACGAGUUAUUCAAAUACAUUCUCGGUUUUACGGAGUCUCGGACAUGA